AUGAUCAUCAUCGUCUUCAUGAAUUACAAAGAUAAAGACGGUGGAAAAAUUGUUGUUUACACAACCAGCAUGGGUGUUGUGCGCUCGACUUAUGCUAAAUGUCAGACUGUGAAGAAGAUUCUAAGGACAUUAAUGGUGAAGUUUGAGGAACGUGAUGUCUUCAUGAGCCAUGUUCAUCAGCAGGAAAUUCGUGAUCGAAUGCAAACCGAUGAAAUUGAUGUUCCACAAUUAUUUGUCGAUGGACAAUACAUUGGCAACGCUGACCAAGUGGAACGACUUAACGAAAUGGGUGAACUUAGACAGAUGUUGAAACCUUUUAAGUGCAUGGAUUCAACAAUAACUUGUCAAGUGUGCGGAGGUUACAAUAUGCUGCCUUGUCCAUCAUGUGGAGGAUCAAAGAAGUCAGUUCAUCGCAAUCAUUUCACAGCCGAAUUCAUUGCACUGAAAUGCAUGAAUUGCGAUGAAGUUGGAUUAGUCAAAUGCUUCAAUUGUACAGCUUUUAAGCUUUCAGAUGCAAAAGCUUUCAUAGUUUCAUUUUCAACAUCGUUCCAAACCUUUGAUCGGUGA